AUGGGACACAUCGACUCUGAACUCCUCGCCGAAGGAGACGAACCACCGGAAAGAAAAGACCAACUGCUUGUCGACUCUCCCCGCCUUGACGCUGCUUUUAUCAAAUCACUCNCUCCGGCUUUCACCCGCAGAGAAUCUCUGCUUACCCGCCAACUGCACUCACCAGAGCCCGAACACCCUAACGAGGACGAACACCAACGUGCCAGGGCCAUCGUGCGUGGUAUGUCAGCAUGGAGUAACCAUAGCGUCGCCUCCACAGCUGAGCUCACCAGCGACAAUGACCUGACCAGCCCCGGAACUCGUGAAAGCACCCCAAGCCCUCCAUUACCUCCAACCUUGAUCAGAGAGUCUAUCCCGGCACUGGAAAAGUCUCCUUACAAGGAGCCGGUCAUCCUUGAGGACAGCAAAUCCCAGCCCGAGAAGUCUGUAGAGGCCGAGUUGGGUCGUCCAAGCGACAAUGAAUGGUGGGCGCCUGGAGGCCGCUCAACCGCGGCCACUUCUAUCGAACACCUGGAAACUGUCCGCCCCACCCGUAGAAGAACCAACUCGGACUCGUCUUUGGGCUCGGCGCAUGGUGAAAAUAAAACUGCAUCGGCACCUUAUGGCAUGGUCAAGCGCAGAAGCCGCGCAGUCAAGAUCAACCGUCCUCAGACACCCGAUCUUCCUGACAGCACUGACUUCGUCUGCGGCACACUCGACGAAGACCGUCCUCUCGAGCAAGCAUACAUACAGAGUCUCGAGAGAAGAAAGGCUGCCAAGCACAAGGCCAAGCCGCAAGAUAUUGAUCCUACCUUCCCUACUUCUGAUCCGGAUUUGGACGAGGAAGACGACGAUGAGGACGACGAAGACGUUGAGGAGAGUGAUCAGCCUCUCUUCAUGCACGGCAAAAUCGAGAUGAACGAAGACAUGGGCCACCGUGGUCGUCACAAGUCCAAACCCGCGUCCAAGAAGAAGUCCAUCUCGCCUCCCCAUCAACGACUUCGUUCUCCCCCUCCUCCCAAGCACCGCUCGCACCGCUCUCCUCCACCGUCAACCAAGCGUCUACGAUCGCCUGCUCCGAUCAAGCGCACUGCCCACAAAUCACCACCGCCUCGCAAGCUCUUUGGUCAGUCACCCAGACGUCUGAGGUCACCUCCACCUCCACCUCGCCGUCCCACAUCCCCACCACCGUCUCUGCGCAGUUCUGUUGAAGGCAUUGCCCCCAUCAGUUUCACCCCAAGAGCCACUCUUGCCCGUCGUCCUCAACCUACUCACACGGCUUCAUUGCCCCGAGUCCAGAGUCAGGUCAAGAUUGGCAAGAACGCCAUGACGCCUUCGCUUGACGAACAUGAUGAUCCCUUGUCGGGUAUGAGGACAGCACGUGGCGCUAUUGACAUUGUCAAGGGUCUGGAGAAGAAACGCCAACGUCGCAAAGAAAAGCUUUACCAGAAGCACUGCCAAAAGGGCAAAAAGGACCACGAACGCAAACCAAAACCGGGCAAGGGCGCGGAAAGAAUGAGAGAAGUCGGGCUUGAGCUGGCUGCUUACAAAGGCAAGAAGCAGCACGUCCUCUCCUACUAG